AUGCUGCCCUGCAGACUGCUGGGUCUGCUGGGACUCCUCAUGCUCUGCAAAGGUCAAGGCGAGAGCGGCGCCGGCGAGUCCUGCGAUAACUUCACGGACCUGAACUUCUCCCACUGCUUCAUGGGAACCAGUCUGUAUGUCCGGCUGCUGCUCUACACUCGCUCCAACCUGGACUGCGGCCGCGAGCUCAACCACCACCACCCGUCUUCGCAGCCGCUCUUCGACCUGUCCCGCCCCUCCGCCUUCGUCAUCCACGGCUACCGGCCCACCGGAGCGCCCCCUAUCUGGAUCGACCACAUCGUCCACCUGCUGGCCGAGCAGGAGGACAUGAACAUCAUCGUGAUGGACUGGAACAAAGGAGCCGCCAACGUCAACUACUUCACCGCUGUGACCUACACGAGGGACGCGGCCCUCAACCUGACCGGCUUCAUCAUGACAAUGCAGGAGGAAGGAGCCUCUCUGAGCUCAGUUCACCUGAUCGGAGUCAGUCUGGGAGCUCACCUGGCCGGAUACGUAGGAGCCAACCUGAAGGGAAAGAUCGGACGCAUCACAGGUUUGGACCCAGCAGGACCGAUGUUCACCAGCUCACUGCCAGACCAGAGGUUGGACCCAUCAGACGCCAUGUUUGUUGACGUUCUUCACACCGACAUGAACUCGUUCGGUCUCAAUGGAGCUCACGGUCACAUCGACUUCUACGCUAACGGAGGAGCUGACCAACCAGGGUGUCCCAAAACCAUCUUCUCAGGGAAGUCUUAUUUCGUGUGUGACCACCAGCGCUCGGUGUUCCUGUUCCUUUGCUCUCUGAACCGGACCUGCAGCCUCACCGGGUAUCCCUGCUCGUCCUACAGCGACUUCCUGGACGGGAGGUGUCUGCAGUGCGAAGCCUUUAAACCCGCUUCCUGUCCUGUGCUCGGUUAUGAUGUCAGCCAAUGGAAAGACACCCUGCUGCAGCUGGGACAAACCAAAGUGUUCUUCAGCACCACGUCCAUGCUGCCGUACAGGAAGCUGAGCUACAGAGUGGACAUGGUGACUUGGAACCAGUACCUCCGCUGGGGGGUCGUCUACAUCCGGCUGCACAGCGGCAGAACCUACACGGAGGCUCGGAUAGACCAUAAGCUCACGUUCGAGCAGUACACCUCCACCCGCCUGCUGGCUCAGUUCGACGAGGAUCUGCAGCCCAUCCAGAAGAUCUCCCUCCGCAUCAACACCGGCAACGUGAUCGGCCCGCGUUACAAAAUCAGACUCCUGAGGAUUCGCUUCACGCCGCUGGAUCGUCCCGAGAGGCCUCUGAUGUGCCGCUUCGACAUCAUCAUGGAGGAGAACAUGGAGGUGGCGUUUCGUCCUUUACCCCUGCGCCUCCCGCCUCUAACCCUCUGA